CAUUUUUAAUGUCGUACAGUACUUUCCCGUCUUGAUUAAUCAUUCCUAUCGUUUGUUGCGGCUACGAAGUUGGUGCGGAAGUCGCGAUAAAAAUGACCGCCGCCAGAUUCCUGAUCGCGUUCCGAAAUGUGGUGUGUGUAUGUCGUCGGGACUUUUCGUUUAAGUGUGAGAGGACGUACCGUAUACCUAGAUUCCUCGUCAGGUGCGCACCCGUGGCAAUGCAGCACUAUGGACAUCUCCACUGGGGUUACCGUUUGGAAAGCAAAGUUGUACCCUUCAAUCUCUCGGAUAUCGGCGAAGGAAUCCGAGAAGUUGUGGUCAAAGAAUGGUUUGUGAAAGAAGGGGACAAGGUGAAUCAAUUCGACAGCAUUUGUGAAGUCCAGAGUGAUAAGGCGUCUGUGACCAUAACUAGUCGAUACGAAGGUGUGAUAAAGAAGCUGUACCAUGCCGUCGACGACGUCGCCCUAGUAGGCCAGCCAUUGGUGGACAUCGAGCAAGAAGCUGGAGACGCUCCAGAAUCCCUAUCGGUUGAACGGAUUGUGGAUGCUCGUGUGACGACGCCAGGCAUCGUAUUGGACUCUUCCGUGGACGUUUCCAGAGGCAGCAAAGGACUGGCCACGCCUGCAGUCAGAAGAAUGUGCAUGGAGAAUAAUGUGAAGCUAAGUGACGUUUUCGGAACCGGUAAAGACGGCCGGGUACUCAAAGAAGACGUGCUGCGAUUUCUCGGAAAGCUAGAACGUGCUCCAUCGACGACUCAUCCCAUGGACACUGACGCGUCUCGCUAUUUCCGUUUUGUUCCCGCGGAAUCGACGGAGAAGUCCGUUGCCCCGACGGUAGCAAAACCUACUUCAGUUUCCAUUGGAAGUGACAGAACUGAGCCCAUCAAAGGCUUCAUGAAAGCCAUGGUUCGGUCUAUGACAGCUGCAAUGAAAAUUCCUCAUUUCGGCUAUUGCGACGAAGUGGACAUGACAGAACUAGUAUUGUUGCGGAAGCGACUCAAGACGACAGCCGACGAGCGUGGGAUCAAGUUCUCGUACAUGCCGUUUAUGGUGAAGGCCGCUUCGUUGGCGUUGAACGAGUUCCCCGUAUUGAAUGCGAGCGUGGAUGACGAGUGUGAGAGGAUCACAUACAAGGCGGCGCACAACAUCGGCAUCGCCAUGGACACACCGGUCGGCCUCGUCGUGCCGAAUGUGAAGAACGUGCAGGGCUUGUCCGUGCUCGACAUCGCCGUCGAGUUGAGUCGUCUUCAGGCCUUGGGGGCCAAAGGUUCCCUAGGCACCAAGGACAUCACCGGUGGCACAUUCACCUUGUCCAAUAUUGGAUCAAUUGGAGGCACGUACGCAAAACCGGUCAUCAUGCCACCCGAAGUCGCCAUUGGAGCCAUUGGACGAAUCCAGGUACUUCCGAGAUUCAAUCCUGAGUCAGGUGUCUUAGAGAAAGCGCACAUCCUGCACGUGUCCUGGUCCGCAGAUCACAGAGUGAUUGACGGAGCCACAAUGGCCCGCUUUUCGAAUCUCUGGCGCUCCUAUCUUGAAAAUCCAGCUAAGAUGAUCUUGGACCUCAGAUGA